AUGGGCCCAUCCACCUCCUCGGCCAUCGACGCGGAUCUGACGCAUGUGUCCUCCCAGGAUCCAGCGUCAUCCGAGGUGCGCAUGAGGGCAGGUCGUGGCAGCGCCCUGGGAAGUUCGCGGGCAACCCCUUGGGCAGGUCGUGGGCCACACCAGGCCGAGUGCCUGACACCGGCGGUGAGGAAGCAGAGCAAGGGCGUCGGCAGCUACCUCGUCAGUACCCGGUGGCACAAGAACUUCUGGCUCCUCGCUUGA